AUGGCGGCUGGACAGCUGGAAAGCAGAUUGAGAAUGGAAGACUAUGAGAAACUACAAAGCCUCUUCCUGGAUGAUGUCGGGAAAACUCUGUCCCUCUCCAGAACUGAGUUUGUUGACCAGGCCCACUGCCUCAUAGGACAGGGCUCCAAGGAGGAGUAUGGCCACCUAUUUGACCGUGUGAUUGUCACUCAAGAGCACCGCGGCCUGCUAAUGGACAGUGCAGAUAAGAAAGGGGAGUGUCGGACAGAUUGGGAGGGGCUGAGCUCCUACCUGCUGUUGGAGCUGUCGGAGAAGGAGGAGCAUGCCAGAGCCAAGCGUGUGCCUCGCUGGACAGCCCCUCGAACUCUAACUUCUCCACACCGUGACCCUGUCCAACAGGUGGCAUACCUGUGUUGCUCUGCCCGCUACCUGUCUGUGAGCAAGGGGGGCACUCUGGGAGUGUGGGGAGGGGAAGACUUCUCCCUCCUCCAAAGCCAGCGCCUCCACAACAGCUCGGUGAGGCCCCGUGACCUCUGGGUGACCUCCAUGGUGGUGCUGCACAACGUCAACAAGAUAGCGGUGUCGUUCACCACUAAGGAGGUGUGUUUCUAUGACCUGCUCUCUAAACAGGAGUUCAGCCUCCAGUACAAAUUGCAGGGUUUGAGACACACACCCCUGUGUUUAGACUACUGGUCUGACCCCACCCACCCCGACCAGGCAGUGCUCACCAUAGGAGACACAGGAGGACAGGUGAGAGCUCAGAUCUCUCUGUUUGAGAGACCUAGCACAGGGGCGGAGACGGAAUCUGACUACAUCAUCAAGUGGGAGGAGUUAGCACAGGGAAGACAUCGCUGCUGCUACAUACUCGCACACCGAGAGCACGGACAGGCAUGGGUCCGCAGAGUGCGUUUCCUUGGCUCCUUAGAGGCCUUUGUGUCAUGCAGCACCAGCGCUCAGAGCAGCAUGGUGAUUGGUUGGCGAGAGAAAGAGGGCGUGCCUCUUCGACUUACCGCUUUCCAAACAGAGAAAGGAGCCAAUGAUCUGGAUCACCACCCUGGGCUCAACCUCAUUGCCACAGCAGGGGUAGACAACAAGGUUCUCCUGUGGAACCCCUAUGUAAUCUUCAAACCUGUGGGCGUCCUCCGAGGUCACCUGUCCAGCGUCACCGCCGUACGCUUUGUCCUGGACAAGAAACAGCUGAUCAGUUACUCCAAGGACAAGGUGCUGAGACUGUGGGAUGUGUCCAGCCAACUGUGCAUCCAGCUGGUUACGGGGCUGUUCCCCAGGACCCAGGAGGAGUGUGUGACCCUGGUGUACCUCCACGAGGAGCGCUCUCGCCUUCUGCUCUCCUUCAACAGCCUCCUCCUCCUCCUGGAGGGUCCGCGCAGGGAGACGGGCCGUAGGGCCCUCAGCCACCACUGCCCUGUCACCUGUGUUAUCUACAACAGCCUCUUCAGACAGGUGAUUAGCAGUGACUCUGGCUCCUCAGUGGUCUUCUGGCUCCCAGACACAGGUCACAAGGUCAAGCAGUUUCACCGUUGUCAUGGCAACGCUGAGAUCUCCACCAUGGCGCUGGACGGAACACAAACACGCCUCUUCACCGCCGGCACUGAUGGAAUGGUAAAGGUGUGGGACUUUAAUGGCCACUGCCAUCACUGUCUGGAUGCAGGCAGAGAGCAGGCCGUGGAGAUCUCCCAGCUGCUGGUGCUCAACAGGAGCGUGUUGGUCAUGGGCUGGGGCAGGAUGUUAACUGUGUUUCGGCUCCACUCCUUCUCCCAGUUCUUUGUGCAGCCCUCAGAGUGGAAGGGGGGUGUUCAGCAUCAAGACCACAUUCUGUGUGCUACUUUCAAGCCCCCACAGGCCCUUGUCACAGGAAGUUAUGAUGGUGAGAUCACAGUAUGGAACAACAGCACAGAGAAUGCUCUGAGAAAGCUCCGCCCACCUCAGAGAGAACCCGGUGUGACUGGGCUGGGUCAGAGCCAAGGCCAUGCCUCCAGGGCCACAAGCGAGGAAGGGCCAGAGAGCACCGAUGCUGUUACCAGACUUUACUUCUUGCCAGGGCGGGGCAAGGGCUUGGGGUCCACAGGCUGUGCAAACCUGGUCUCCUGUGGUGGUUCUGGUGUGGUGCGGUUCUGGAACACGGUCGGUAGCAGCUUGGUCGGAGAAUUCACUGCCCAUAGAGACGCAGGAGCGAUCAUCAUGACUGUGAGCUCCUGCGGUCGAUACCUGGUCACUGCUGAUAUAACCCUGAAGGCCUGGGACAUACAGAACUACUGCUUCCAGUCUGAAGAGGGAGUGACCAAUGAUGCUCCAGAGCUGCUAGGUAGGCUACGCCCACACCUGGACUGUGUCACUCACCUGGAGACCUGCAUCCAUGGCAACAGACUCCUCCUCCUCUCGGCCUCGUCCGACUGCUGUGUGGCUCUCAGCUACCUGCCUGGACACACAGUGGGCAUCUUUGGGCAGAUUCGGGUGCUCACGGUCAAAUCUAACAUGCUGUUACACCCUCACUCUACCAGGAGGAGCACUGGCACCUUGAUGGCCCAGGGGCUACAACCCCUAUGCAGGGGGCACAGGGAGGGCCCACACAAGGGGCAGGAUCCUCCCCCAGCCUGGGGGGCGUUUCCUCUGAGCCUGGCACCAACCCCCCAGAGGAGAAGGGAGUCAUGCCGGAGGCUGUGA